AUGAAUCCUCUUCCCCGCAAGCCAAUUCAUCAAGCUAAUAACACGUGGAACUGGAAGCAGAUCCUCCCCGAACUCCGGAAUCUUUUCCAAGAGUUUUGCGCCAGCACCACCAUCCACGGCUUGGCCUACAUCGGAGUGAGCAAAUCGCUGCUGGGCCGGCUUGGCUGGUCGGCCGUGACGGUUCUUUCUCUGGUUUGCUGCGGAACGCUCAUCCGGCAGGUGUACGACAAGUGGGACAACAACCCGGUGAUUGUCAGUGUGGACGGUACGCCCACGCCGGUGUGGAAAAUUCCGUUUCCUGCGAUCACGAUUUGCCCGGAAGAUAAGAUUAGUGCAAAGGCGAUGAACUUUACGGAGCGUUUUUUCGCUUAUUUUUAUAGUAAUACGAGUAUGAGUCAGUUGAGUAAGGAUCAACUAAUGGCGGUGCUGCAAGAUAUGUUCAAUGAUGGCGUUUUGCAUGAUGAGUAUCAAUAUUUGACUGAAACUAAAAGCGCUACCAAUUGGUCUAUGGAAAAAGGAUACGCCCAAGGAACACCGUUCGUAGCACAUCCAUUAAGAAGCGAAGGAUACGCCACGAGGUACUGCUUCAACCUGGUAAACGAAAAAAGUGACGUCGAAGCUCAUUGCACUGAAGGCAAGGGAUUCAGAAUGGUCCUGCACUCGCCGGAUGAAUAUCCGAUUGCAUUCUCCAAGUACGUCCUGCUAUCGCUGGAUCGAGAUAUCAUCGUGGCAGUUAAACCACAAAUUUUGACAACCUCCAAAGAGCUUGCCAAUUAUGCCUCAAAUCGUCGAAAGUGUCUCUUCAGCCAUGAACGUAAGCUGAGGUUCUUCCGUGUGUACAACCAGAACAACUGUGAGCUGGAGUGCUUCGCAAACUUAACGCUGGCUCGCUGUGGAUGUGUGAAGUUUUCGAUGCCUCGAUCCGCUGGUACAAGAGUUUGCAGAACUGCUGAAAUACGGUGCGUCAUCGGAGCUCAUCGCCACAUGCUUGCGAUAAAUGCGGCAAAUCGGCUGAAGAGCACCGUUCCGACGUCGUUCUGUAACUGCAUGUCCGCGUGCAGCUCUAUCCAGUAUCAAUCGGAAAUAACUCAAUCGACGUACGACUACAUGGAGUCGAUUGACCUCAGAAUUAGGCCUCUGUUUGGGAAUCACUCAAACUUUACAACCAGCAUAAGAAUGUCAAAAGUUAGUAUCCACUUCAAGGAAGCCGAAUUUUUGUCUAUGCGCCGAGGUGAGCUGUUCGGGCUGACGGAUUUCAUAGCCAAUUGUGGUGGAGUUCUGGGACUCUGUCUCGGCGUCAGCUUCGUCAGCUUGGUGGAGUUACUGUACUACUGCGUUGCACGCCCACUUCAGCUGCUGAAGACAGUUCGUAACAAUGUCAUUGUGGUAAAGGAUUGCGUGGAUAGAUUCUAGAUUAAUUAAAAAUUCAACUCGUUAACAGCACAUAACAACCUGAUUAAUAAUUCAAACUCACUGGGCAUUGGUCCUGCACGGCAGUGUCAUGUCGGAACAAAAAACAACUGCAGUAUUCACUGCAGCACUCA